AUGGACGAGGGUUCCGAUAAAGCCCCUCGACGGAAGAGGGUCUCCAGAGCAUGCGACCGAUGUCGCAGCAAAAAAGAUAAAUGUGAUGGUAUUCGUCCCACUUGCUCCGCCUGCCAGGCGUCUGGCCAAACAUGUUCGUACGAUCCGCAUGCGAAGAAACGAGGUCUCCCCGAAGGUUAUGUCCGGGGACUAGAGAAAUUAUGGGCCCUGUCAAUCUGCAACAUCGAUGGCUUUGAAGACACCAUGUUAGCCAUGCUGGGAACGACAAUGGAAUCCGAGAAUCGUCGGGACAAAUUGAUGUCGGUCUGGACGGACGAUAACUCUUCAGAGAGUCUACACGAGACCUGGAAGUCAAGUCGCUUGUACACCGCACUCGAAAAGAUGCUGUCGAACUCGGAACCACUUCCCACCGUCACAGGAAAGCGAUCGCGAAACCCACGUGAUGAUUACCUAGAUGGCCCGGAUGGUCAAUGGGGAUUUCGAGUCGGUCGAGAAGCAAGUCCAUUAGGUCCCGAAGUGCCACGAGUAGUUGGACCGCUGGGCGGACUCUCCCCCGAUGCGAAACGAGCGCGCCUGGCGCAGGCCCCAGUGGAUGGUCGUGCUACGCAAUCGGGCAAUAUUCCUCGUACACUUCAGCUACCACCGCAGACCUCACAACUCCUUGAUAUUUACUUCGCUACCACUCAUUCGUGGCUGCCUAUCGUUGCGAAACAUAACAUCCUCCGCGCCUCUUACCUCUACGCCAAUGCGCCUUUCUCCGUGACGACGACUUCUCCGGGUUCUGGAGACCAUGCCGCUUUAUGGGCUAUCUUGAGCUAUACCAUUACUCAAGCUCGAUCAGACCCACGAAUGGGACCCGCUGGUGCACUCUCUCUAGCCAAAGAAUACUACACUAUAGCACGGUAUUUGAUCCCCUCUGAAAAGGAGCGCUACGAGCUGGGUCACAUCCAAGCAUUACUACUUCUAACGUUGGUCAACAUGGGACUUGAUGACUGGAACGCUUCGUGGCUCUUAAUUGGGCAAGCUGUGCGGAUGGCCAUUGCAAUGGGAUUGGGAGUGAUGACUGACACCCGCCGUUCUGAUGAAUUGAGACAAGGCAAGGCUGUCUUCUUGGGAUGCUUUGUGAUUGACUCUUUCUUGUCCUUCCGCCUUUCCCGAUGCCCGGCAAUGACAUCAAAUGAACUGGCGACCGUUGGCCUUCUAGAAGAGGAUGGACUGGAGGAAUGGAACUCUUGGGUCGAUGUGCUUCCACCGGCCGGCGUUUCGCAUGGCAAAAAUGCUCCACGUAGAGGCCCACUGCUAGCAUUAAGCUGCUUUAACCGGUUGGUUGAACUGGCUAGUGUCUUGAACAAGACGUCGCGAAACUUGGCGAUGGGAUACACCGGUGCCUCCUUUGCUCAGCAGCUGGUGGUGGACCUAAAGCGGUGGGAUGAUGGAUUACCUCUUGGAUGUCGACUUAUCGGACCUGAAAGCAUUUAUCCGGAACGACACUCCGCUUUGCUACCACACCAGAGUUAUCUUGGCCUUACCUAUGUGGCCACAUUGCUUUGGUUGUAUCUACGUCUCAUUCCCGGGGAACAAGGACUUCACCGGGCGCAACGCCCAGCAACAGAGGGAGCCAAGAAGCUUCUGUACCGAGGACUGUCUAUGAUUUCUCAACAAUUGGAGAAUUUCCCCGUUUGUGGAUUCCCACCAAUUUUUGAAUUUGGGCUACGCACCAUCUCCGAGCAGGCCUUCUCACUACGACAUGAAGUUGAUGCCGCAGACAGCUUUCCUUUUGCUCAAUGGGCAGAAGAGUUUCAACAAAAAACCGCGAGCUUAAUACCAACAUGGCCUGUAUAUGGGUCCUUGGUUUCUUCGAUGAACCGCUGGCAACAAUCUCGGGAUUAUCCUGGACAGCAACCAGCAUUCCCAGAUCAAGUUGUACCCCCUGCUAUGCCUGGCAUUGCCCCUCUUGGUGGCCCUGUACAUGCACCCGGGACGGGUCCUCAGAGUAUGCUCCCUCAUAAUCAAGCGAAUUAUGCUUCGUCUAUCCUUGGUAUCAGUAUACCCGUCGACGGCCAGUCCAUGACACCCAAGGAUACCGUCAUGGAGAACUCUGAUUUGUUCAUGAUGGACGUGUCCCAUCCGCAAGCAAUGGAUGCACAUUCAGUCCUUACAGAUAAGGUGACGCCACGUAGUGGUCCUGAUGCGAUCUACCCACCCGGCAGCGCACCCCCGCAGCCAGCCACUCCAGAUUCAUCUACUUCUAAUGUGAUGAUGACUGGAAAGCCACCAACGAGUGAUCGAUCAAUGCCAGUUCCUCCCGGUGACAAUAUGCCAUUUGACCCAUCUGUGAAUGGUGAUCUGGACGCGAUUUUUAAGGACUUGGCAUAUUUGGACACCACUGAAUGGUCGAAUAACCGCGAGGCUGGACUGAAAGAUUUUGGAUUCAUGGAUGAUAGUACCUUCCAGGCUUUCUGUCACGAUCCCGACCGACUGGGUGGUACACAGCCUCUUGUUCAUCCACCAUCAAUUGCGGAUAUCUGGCCACCACCAGGAUUUUUCCCGGAAACAUUCCAAGAGGUGCCUGAAAAGACGAUGAACGGCUGA